AUGAACUAUAAGAAACGCCCGCCUCAACCUGAGAGAAAUCAACUACUAGUACAAGCUCACUCAGCCAUGGCCCCUACCAUCCUCAUCGCCGGCGCAACCGGCAACACCGGCCGCCCUCUCACCGAGACCCUGCCCAGCCUCCUACAAACCAGCAACCUAUCCGACCACCGAAUCAUCGCCCUCACCCGCUCCCUCACCAGCCCAGCCGCAAAGGACCUGGCCAAACUCCCCGGCGUCGAAGUCAUCGAGCAGAACUGGGUCGAGAUAACCGCCGACUGGCUCAAGGAACACCAAGUCGUCCGAGCAUUCAUAGCCUCGCACAACGAGCCUAACCAAUUCGCCGAGGAAUCUACAUUCCUCUUCAAUGCUCUCGACGCAGGCGUGAAGUACGUUGUGCGCAUCUCGACUACGGCGGCCAAUGUUCGCCCGGACUGUAAGGCGUACUAUCCGCGUUCGCACUGGGCGAUUGAGAAUCUGCUCAGUCAGCCCGAGUUUGCUGCCUUGCAGUGGACUUCGUUGCAGCCGAAUGUCUUUAUGAAUUUCUGGUUUGCUUCUGCGGUUGAUUUGAUUAAGCAGUAUCGUCAGACUGGACAGCAGAGUCCUCUUCGCUUGAUGGUCGCGAAGGAUGCACCCGUUGGUGUUAUUGAUGCUUCGGAAGUUGGGGUCUUUGCUGCGCAUCUCCUGGCUCAAAGUGAUGUCUCUGCGCACAAUCAAGCGAAAUACGUCCUCAAUGGUCCCGAGGAUAUCACCGGGCAGCAGAUUGUUGAUUUGGUGGAGCAGCACAUUGGUACAAAGGUGGACGAGGUCAUUUACCAGGAUACCUCUGCCAUUGAUUUGUUGUGGGAGUACAAGUAUAAGGCGAUGGGUCAGUCGAAGAAUGUGAUUGGAACUACUAAGUAUGGUGCUAUAGGCACAUGGGAUGGGAAGUGCUCAACAUCCACGACUAGCAAGGAAUUUCUACAGAUUGCAGGACCCAAGAUUCGUCCUGCCGAUGCACUGAAUGCGUUGUUGGAAUAG